UGGCCCAAAGUUAAAAUUAUGUUUAACGGAGAAAAGCAACUAUAACCGGCAAAUAUUUUGUAUUUUUCCAUCCGAAUUUUGAAAGAAAUUUAGCUGAAGCGCAACUCUCGACCGAAUGAAUCGAACUACGUUACCCGGCAGCGCUUUCCGGCGGCGGAGCGGAAGACGCGGAGUUUGAGCCAAAAUGAGGGAAAAUAAGAACAUGUCCGAGUCCCCCUCUCAAGCGGGAAAAGAAAUACCGGCGAAAAAACAAAAACUAAGCAGUGACGAGAACAGUAACCCCGAUUUAUCAGGAGACGAGAAUGAUGACGCUGUCAGCGUUGAGAGUGGGACCAACGCGGAGCGCCCAGACACACCAACUAACACUGCCAACGCCCCGGGCAGAAAGAGCUGGGGCAAGGGCAAGUGGAAGUCCAAGAAGUGCAGAUACUCUUUUAAAUGUGUCAACAGCCUGAGGGAGGACCACGGCCAGCCGCUGUUUGGAGUCCAGUUUAACUGGCACAGCAAGGAGGGAGACCCGCUGGUGUUCGCCACAGUCGGGAGUAACAGGGUAACUUUGUAUGAAUGUCACUCUCAGGGAGAAAUAAGACUCUUGCAGUCUUACGUUGAUGCAGACGCAGAGGAGAACUUCUAUACGUGUGCCUGGACCUACGACACCAACACGAGUCAUCCCCUGCUGGCUGUAGCCGGUUCCCGGGGUAUCAUUCGGGUGAUCAACCACAUCACAAUGCAGUGCAUCAAGCAUUAUGUGGGUCAUGGAAAUGCCAUCAAUGAGCUCAAGUUUCACCCGAGGGAUCCAAAUCUCCUCCUGUCUGUCAGCAAAGAUCACGCCCUUCGUCUAUGGAACAUACAGACAGACACAUUAGUGGCAAUAUUUGGCGGUGUGGAAGGUCAUCGAGACGAAGUCCUGAGUGCCGAUUUUGAUCUCCUGGGUGAAAAGAUCAUGUCGUGUGGGAUGGACCACUCCCUAAAACUUUGGCGGAUCAAUUCAGAGAGAAUGCAGAAAGCCAUCCGUGGAUCUUACGAGUACAACCCCUCGAAGACCAACAGGCCUUUCGUCUCGCAGAAAAUUCACUUCCCUGACUUCUCAACGCGAGACAUCCAUAGAAACUAUGUGGACUGUGUGCGGUGGCUGGGAGACCUUAUUCUUUCCAAGUCCUGUGAGAACGCCAUUGUGUGCUGGAAACCAGGAAAGAUGGAGGACGACAUCGAUCACAUUAAGCCGAAUGAGUCGAACGUGACGAUUCUGGGACGCUUUGAUUACAGCCAGUGUGACAUUUGGUACAUGCGCUUCUCCAUGGACUUCUGGCAGAAGAUGCUGGCUUUGGGAAACCAGGUGGGGAAGCUCUAUGUCUGGGACCUGGAAGUGGAAGAUCCUCAUAAAGCAAAGUGCACCACGCUGACCCUCCCCAAGUGCAUGUCGGCCAUCCGGCAAACCAGCUUCAGCCGCGACAGCAGCAUUUUGAUAGCGGUGUGUGACGACGCGUCGAUCUGGCGCUGGGAUCGACAGCGCUGAGAGGUUCUGAAAGACAGAAGUUUGGUUCCUGUUGCUCCCCCCCACCCCCCACCCCCAACCUGUUUCCCUGUUGUUCAGAUCUACACUGCAAAAAAGUGACCGUUUGAACAUUUUUUCUUGUUUUUUUUUUUUUUUUUUUUUGGGUCUAAAAUUACUGUAUUUCCUUAAAAAAACAAAAAAACAAAACAAAAAAAAAAAGGCGAGAAAUCGUGCCAAGGCGAGAUGAUCUUGUGCUCCUGCAGCCAAAGGAGUUCGUUUUCAUUUCCUGUUCGUCUGAUGGCGGGAUUGUUGAGAGAGAGAGAGAAAAAAAACUGAGAUUUCUAAGAAGUUUAAGGACAAGGUUGACUUCAGAACAAGGAACAGAACAUCAGUCUGACGAUCUGAGGGAUUGUUGGUAUCUCGGCCACCUGGCAGGUUUCUGUCACUUGCUGUAGAGAAAAAAAACUUUUAAGACGCAGAUGAAAUGACUAAAUAUGGAUUUUUUUUUGUUUGUUUUGCGUGUGCCAUAUUUUAUAUCCUUUUAGUACACACAAAACAAAACGGAAGCUAUUUUCCCCCUUUUUUCUUCAGUUAUUCUAACAUUUCCAACAUUCCUUUGCAUCUUUUUUAACACCCUCACCCCUCUUUGCUUCGAUUUCACCCCCAAGCCUCCCACCUCCACACACACACACACACACACUCUGACUGUUGUUGCAUCAUUUUACAGGUUGCCAUUGACAUUUGAGGCUUUAUCGAGUGCAGUCAAUAAAAUGAUUUUCGUAAAUAUUAA